UUCAACUCAACGCGUAGUAUGAAUUUAUAUGAUAAAUUUUACUAAAAUUGCAACAGAUAGUUGGUUUGAAAUGACACUAUGUUAUGCUAAGUCACAGUUAAUACUUUUGUCGGAAAAUAAAAAAGUGUAUGUCAUAACAAAUUCUUGAAAAUUGCUAAAAAAAAAAAAAAAAAACUGUUGUGUGAAAGAGGACGCUUAGCCGGAAUCUCCUUUUUUUCAUUAUCGUGACAUAUUCUGUUGAUUUGUUUCUCAAAUUAGCUUAUUAUUUCAACUUUAGUUUGAUAUACAGAAUUAGAAGUUUGAAUAGCAUGUUUUAGAAAUUUUUUGAAUUUUCACUUUUAAAAUUUCAACGGUAUUUUCACGUCAAUAUCUACCUUUAACUUUUAAAUAACUUUUUUCACUUAGCUUCAAAUAUUACUUUUAAGAAAUAUAUCAAUCAAUUCAUAUCCGAAUGCCUAAUAGUUGAUUUGUAUGCUUGGGAAAAAAAAACAGAGUCCACAAACUCUUUGGUAGUUGUUGGUCAAUUUUGGCUGAAUUAUGGAGUAGUACAUAAGAGACCACGUAAUAGCCAUAUGCUAAGUGGUGUUACUUUUUCCCAAAAAGAAAAUAAAAAACAAAGGGUACCAAACAUAGAAAAAGAAUGUGAUAAGAAGAAACCAAGAAUUCUGUGUCUCCAUGGCUUUAGAGGCAAUGCUGAUUAUCUCAAGAAAUUGGUUCUCCAGUGGCCGGAAUCCAUCACCGGGAAAUUAGAUUUGGUUUUCUUGGAUGCACCUUUUCCAGCUCAGGGAAAAUCUUCCCUUGAAGGUUUUAUUGAUCCUCCUUACUUUGAAUGGUUUCAAUCAAAUAAGGAUUUCACAGAGUUUUAGAAUUUUGAAGAAUGCCUAGAGUAUAUAGAAGGUUUUAUGUCAAAGCAUGGACCUUUUGAUGGUGUUCUUGGUUUCUCACAAGGAGCUGUUUUAGGUGCAGCAAUACCAGGCAUGCAAAGGGAAGGAGUGGCUGAGGCUCUAACAAAAGUUCCAAAAAUAAAGUUUCUGAUAAUAAUAUCAGGGGCUAAAUUUGGAGGGCCUACUUAUGGGGUACCACCUUUGGCUGCCAAUGCAUUUACAUCUCCAAUCAACUGCCCAUCCCUUCAUUUCUUAGGAGAAACGGAUUUUCAAAGGAAAGACGGAGAAGUUUUACUGGAGUGUUUCGUUCACCCCCAAGUGAUUCAUCAUCCUAAUGGACAUACCAUACCUAAACUAGAUGAUAGCAGCCUUGAAAUAGUGCUUGAGUUUAUUGACAAAAUUCAACAACUUUGAGAUAACACGAGGAGUAGUAUAUUCUUGCUCUCAUUGUUGGUCCCGUCAAGAGAAUUUUCGAUAGUAUGAAUUAUUUUCUUGUUUUCGGAUUUUUCUUUGUUGAUUUUCUGCUUGUUGUGAUGGAAUUGUUCACAAGUAAACACGAUAAUUUAAGUUUAUUAUAUUGAAAAAUACAAGAUAAGAUUUUGACAA